AGAGUUCCUAUUAUGACAUCACCUACUGGACGCCUGGCAGAUAAUCUCCACAUACUUCAGAAGUGCAUUGGAAAGACAGAAUGGGUGCCACUUUGACGAUGACUUAUUAAAAGAGGUCCUCCCUUUGGUCGUGUGUGCAAUUUUGGCGGGUGUCGGUUUUCAGUGUCCAUGAUACAGUGGGAAGAAUCCAACAGAUUUGUCUUGGAAUACAUCCAGUCGUCCCUUCUCAAGAAUGAACGGGAAGCGGUCUGUGCGGAGAAGUUUGGAGCAACCAACACAAGGCUUUCAGGAUAACCCAAAUAUUUCCAGUGGGCCAACGGGAUCCGGUGGAACACAGUCAAACAGGUAGAGCAAUAUUGUGUGUAUUUGUAUCCUGGUAAAGUAACAGGAUAGGGACGCGGGUGGCGCUGUGGGUUAAACCACAGAGCCUAGGACUUGCUGAUCAGAAGGUUGGCGGUUCGAAUCCCCGCAACGGGGUGAGCUCCCGUUGCUCGGUCCCAGCUCCUGCCAACCUAGCAGUUCAAAGCACGUCAAAGUGCAAGUAGAUAAAUAGGUACUGCUCCAGUGGGAAGGUAAACGGCAUUUCUGAGCGCUGCUCUGGUUUCGCCAAAAGCAGCUUAGUCAUGCCGGCCUCAUGACCCGAAAGCUGUACACCGGCUCCCUCGGCCAAUAAAGCGAGAUGAGUGUCACAACCCCAGAGUCGGUCACGACUGGACCUAAUGGUCAGGGGUCCUUUACCUUUAAAGUAUCAGGAUAAAAAACAUGGGGGGAAAGGACACAUAAGAGAACGCUUAGGUUUAUAACUUUAAUACUGCCAGAGGGUACCAUCAGACACGGGUGGCGCUGUGGUCUAAACCACUGAGCCUCUUGGGCUUGCAGAUCGGGAGGUUGGCAGUUCGAAUCCCCGCGACGGGGUGAGCUCCCAUUGCUCUGUCCCAGCUCCUGCCAAGCUAGCAGUUCGAAAGCACACCAGUGAAAGUAGAUAAAUAGGUACCACAGUGUCGGGAAGGUAAACUGAAGUGAAGGCCCAAGACAGUUGUUGAUCAUUAUGUGAGCUGCGCACAGGUGGGCUGCAGCAAGCGAGCGAGCUACCACCAUUCCUGUGGAGCCUCCUUUUAUUGAGACAAAUAUGCAAGCUAGGCAGAUACAUUUUGGGCUGUGACCUUUACACAUCUUCCGUCCCGAAAUCGUGGGGUGGUACAAAGCUAUUUUGGCACCUGUUCCACAGCGUCAUUUUCGCCUUGCACAGUGUAUGACGUAGGAGACAAAAGGUCUCAGGGAAAAACUUACAGACAGGACACCGCUGACUCUGAGACCGCAAAAGGUCAGACAUGGGUGGAACGAUGUACAGACAGCUGUGGCUUGUCUGGGGGGGGGGGUUCCCUGCACCCCAAGGUCACGCAUGCAGGCAGACAUGGCUGCCUGCCGGUGGGAAAGUGUGCUCCCUCCGGACCCCACUCCCCACUCCGCAAUAUCCCUACAUAAAUGGUGUUUCCGUGCGUUCUGGUUUCCUUCGCAGUGUCCUGUUGCACUAGAAGCAGUUUAGUCAUGCUGGCCACAUAACCCGGAAAGCUGUCUGUGGACAAACACCGGCUCCCUUGGCCUGUAAGCAAGACGAGCGCCACAACCCCAUAGUCGCCUUUGACUGGACUUAACUGUCCAGGGGUCCUUUACCUCAUUUACCUUUACCUUUUACCUCAGACUAUCAGUAUUUUGCAGGUGAGGUUCAAGUGCAUACCAUGGCAUUUCGGUGUGUGCAAUUCAAGUAAAUUAAAGUGCUCUGUUACUGUACCUCAACAAAUUCCCUUGUGUGAGACAUGCCACAUAUUUAACACUUUGAGCUCAUGUGAGAUAUUUCAUGUUCCUGCCGAUAAUAUGCAUAUAUUUUUUUGUUUGGAGUCACAGUGAUUUCUCUAAGGCUCCAAUUAGGGUGUCUGGAUGUAACAGCAAACAGAGCUCCUACACCUAUAAUGAACUAAUUAAUGAAUUACAUUUCUAUCCCACCUUUCCCCCCAAAGAGCUCAAAGUGGCCCCUGUGGUUUCUCUUGCCCGCUUUCUCCUCACGACAAUCCUGUGAAGUAAAGUUAUGUUUCCUUUUCCACAAGGGAAGCUCCACAAAGCGUUUCCCAAAUGGGAUGUUGACUUUUUGCAAGUUAUUACAGUUGCGUGUCGAGGUCCCUAAGACACCCCCAAAGAAAAACACAAUUGACACUUAAUUUUUGUUUAAGGUUUUUGGCAUAAUUUUGGCCACAACUUUAUUCAAAUUACAGCAAUGUGAGUGGUUGCUUAGACAUUGGUAGCACUAACUGACCCCGCACAGGGACAGCUCUGACAUUCGCACCCCCCACGAAGUCAGAAAGGGUAAGUCACCUGGGGAGAGAGACGGGACUGGGAACCAUGCCUCACCUCUCCCCAGAAUGCUCCCAGGGGCUUACAUGGCCCUAGCCCCUUGCCAGGGGGUUUCAGACAAAAGCAUGGGGAGCCCCUGGGUUCCUUUAACGGAAAAUCCUUGCAGCAGCAGCAUUUUGGAGGGGCAGGCACAGCCAAAUCCAUACCCCUCCACCAACCAAUUCCCAGACCAAUGCCUAACCGCAACCUUACAAGUUGUGACGAUUUGCUACGCAGUAGGCAAAAACCAAGUGGCACACACUAAUCAGCCAAUAGGACAAAAUUCCUACCAGGCCCCUGCCCCAAAGCAGACGACCCCAUGACAGGCAUAGCAAGGUCAAGCAAACAGCCUAAAAUUAGGGAAAGGAGGGCGGGUGAUCCGAAGUAAGCAGCGAAAAGAGGAAGUUUCUCGCUGCGAGCAUUGUAUUUAACAAAUAGGGCUGUCAAUCAACAAAUGGCAACAUCUAGAUUUCCCCAGUAACAGCGCGCCCCUGCUUAAAGGAUGGCCAAACCAUUUGCCUAGCAACAGUAAGGGGUCUUGUCAGCCCCAACCGCAACUCGUGCUCUCCAUGAGGGAGAACACGCUAUAUCAAACUAGAUUGCGAAUUUCUUCACGAAGGAUGCCAGUGUGGCUUUCCCAUCCAAUAUACCUUUAUUUACUGUACAUUCACUAUGGGCAUUGCAGGCGGGAUUCAACUAAGUUGUUGUGUGUGUGCUAUGAGCUCCAUUCACGCAAUGGGACUUGCCCCUGCAACCCUUCAGUCUGUUCUGACUGCAGCAACCCAGUCAGAUGGACGGGGUACAAAUAAUAAAAUAAUAAUAAUUGAAGGAAACCUCCAAACAGGUUUAGGGGACACACAAAGGGGGGAGUUUUAUUGCACAAGUGGAGCUUGUUCCCCACUUUGUGCUUUGCUGUUGAAAUAUACUCGGAGUCAAGUGUGGAUUUCAUGCUCUUUAUUCAGUUCAUAGUAGUGAGGAGGAAUGGAAGUUCCCCCGAAAUGUCUGCUUUAUAUACAUUCUUUACACAAUGGGCCCCACGUGAUUGGCUAAUUCAGGGAUUCUCCUGUAGGCCAAUCAGGUUGCAGAUUCACUUCCACCUGGAGUUGGAUUGGGUGGCUCCUGCGGACCAAUCAGACUGCUGCAUUCUGGAUCCUAUUGUUCUAGGACCAAUCAGACUGCUGCAAUUUGGAUCCUAUUCAACUCAGUACAUAACAGCUGUAUUCUACUUCUGGUAUGCAACACUGACUGCUGCAGAGAGAAGACGAGAUCCAUAUCUGGGGAGUUUAUCUAAUAUGGCAUCUGUCAAACUUUUCAGUGGCUGUGCAGCUGCCAAGACCGGGUUUUUGUUUUGUUUUGUUUUGUUUUGUUUUUUGUUUUGUUCUAGUCUAUUAAUUAGGAUAAGAGCAUGGGUUACAUACACAUGGCAUUUUCUGUAUCUUGCAGAAUCUUCUUAAGACAAACCUUCCCCACACCACUUCUGUCGCAAUGUGCAAUGCCAGUUUCCAUGUGAUUUUUUCUUUACUCCCAUGUGCCCUGUUCCUGGCUACAGUUAAAUCAUCAUCAUAAUUUUAUUAUUUAUACCCCGCCCAUCUGGCUGGGUUGCCCCAGCCACAAUGGGCCACUUCCAACACAUAUAAAAACAUCAACAAACAUCAAACAUUAAAAAACCUCCCAGUACAGGUGUCUUCUAAAAGUUGUAUAGUUAUUUAACUGUUUAACAUCUGAUGUGAGGGCACCACUGCUGAGAAGGCCCUCUGCCUGGUUCCCUGUAACUUCGCCUCGCAAUGAGGGAACCCCCCAGAAGGUCUUCGGAGCUGGACCUCAGAGUCCGGGCUGAAUGAUGGAGGUGGAGAUGCUCCUUCAGGUAUACUGGGCCGAGGCCAUUUAGGGCUUUGAAGGUCAGCACCAACACUUUGAAUGGUGCUCGGAAAUGUACCGGGAGCCAGUGUAGAUCCUUUAGGACCAGCAUGAACAGUUAUCUGUAUGGAUGAAAUCCAUCUGUUUUUGAAGACAAUGGAGGAGGACACCUUUGGGGGUGAAGUCAAACAUCUGGAAGGUUACAGUGGCUGCUGUAGUUGUAGAAAUACUGGAGAGACAUGUUUUGUUGCAGCUGGAGCAGAUGAAGGCAUCCGGUUGUGCUGUUGCAGAUGCACAACAGGUUUUCUUCUCUCUGAGCUCCUUCCCAGCAUUCAUUUCUCCUCUGGUCACACACAAGAUUCCUGGUGUCUACAAACAGUGUGCCACACAACAACCAAAGAAUUUGUAGGACAUCUUUCCUUUUUUCCCCUGACAGAAGCAUGUCCAUGAAGGAAUCUUAAACACAAAUGGUUUUGAAGAACGCUCAGAUAAUUUACAACAUUUCUUCUUUCAGCUGGUACUUACGCAAUUCCACAGGGAAAUGCCCCAGAAACUCUACUACCUCAAGUGGUCAAACAACUUCAACAGCCGAUGAGGGAGUAGAAACAGGGGGUAAGUUCCAAAAGGCGUGCAUUUAUAUGUUUUUAUUUGGGGGAAAUUGCAUACCAUCAACAUUAAGAAAUAACACCAGAAUGCAGCAUAAAAUCAACAAGAAAAUUGCAUUUCUAAGAUGAAUGUAUAACAUAUCAGUACAGUGGUACCUCAGGUUAAGUACUUAAUUUGUUCUGGAGGUCCGUUUUUAACCUGAAACUGUUCUUAACCUGAAGCAACACUAAUGGGGCCUCCUGCUGCUGCCGCGCCGCCGGAGCCCGAUUUCUGUUCUUAUCCUGAAGCAAAGUUCUUAACUUGAAGCACUAUUUCUGGGUUAGCAGAGUGUGUAACCUGAAGCAUAUGUAAUCUGAAGCGUAUGUAACCCGAGGUACCACUGUAGAUCUUAUUAGUACAUCAGCAUAGUUGGGUCUCCCCUUAGGGAAAGUCUAGGUAAACAGAGGCGUUUUAAGCAAGUACCUAAAUGCCAGUACUGUAGGUGCCUGCCUGAUGUUCGUAGGGAGAACAUCCCAAAGUGCAGGUGCCACCACACUAAAGGCCCUGGCCUUAGUGGACAUAAGACAAACCUCAGGAGUCUACAGCAUGGCUAAGAGUGUCAUUCCUGAGGAUCAAAGUGCACAGGCAGAAGUAUGCAAGAUAAUGUGGUCUUGAAGGUAACCUCGUCUGGUUUUGGGCUUUAUAUAACAGCAGCGUUAUUGCAAUACCUUCAAUGUGGCAUGGUAAUAAUAAUAAUAAUAAUAAUAAUAAUAAUAAUAAUAAUAUAUUAUUAUUAUUAUUUAUACUCCGCCCAUCUGGCUGGGUUUCCCCAGCCACUCUGGGCGGCUUCCAACAAAGAUUCAAAACACAUUAAAAUGUCACACAAUAAAAACUUACCUGAACAGGGCUGCCUUCAGAUGUCUUCUGAAUGUCAGGUAGUUGUUUAUCUCUUUGACAUCUGAUGGGAGGGCAUUCCACAAAGCGGCUGCCACUACCGAGAAGGCCCUCUGCCUGGUUCCCUGUAGCUUUGCUUCUCACAGUGAGGGAACCGCCAGAAGGCCCUCGGCGCUGGACCUCAGCGUCCGGGCAGAACGAUGGGAGUGGAGAUUCUCCUUCAGGUAUACCGGGCCGAGGCCAUUUAGGGUUUUAAAGGUCAACACCAACACUCUGAAUUGUGCUCGGAAACGUACUGGGAGCCAAUGUAGGUCUUUCAAGACCGGUGUUAUGUGGUCUUGGCAUAUGGGCAGCCAGUUAAAGUCUUUAGAGUGUUGUUUAUGCUGUACUUUUGUACUGUUUUAUUGUUGUUAGCCGCCUGAGCCCGGCUUCGGCUGGGGAGGGGGGGAUAUAAAUAAAAAUUUAUUAUUAUUAUUAUUAUUAUUAUUAUUAUUAUUAUUAUUUCAGUACAGUUAAUAUGGGCUUUUGAUAGACCACUCCAUUCAAUAGCCUUGUUGCCACUUCCUGCUCAAGCUGCAGCUUCUGGAACAACUGUCAGGGAAGCUCCACCCAGAGUGCAUUGCAGUAAACCAAUUGGAAGGUCACCAAUCCCUAGACCACCAUAGCUAAGCUAUCUUGAUCCAUUCCGCUUGUCUUCUUCUUCCAUCAUCUUUCAGAGUGAACAAGGCCAUUCAGUCUUGAAACCAGAUCCGAACCCAGACUGGAAUGAGUCUGAAUAAUCAGUAUAUUUCAGGAAUGUCUGCAGUUGCUCCACUGCCACUGUCUCCAUCACUCCCCCCACCCAAAAAAGCCCAGGGUAUUUGCAACUGGUUGAUAGCUAUCACAAAGCAUUGGUUUCGGGUAGAGCUUCUUUAAGAUUGGCAGUACUGUCUUCACUGUAAGGUUAAUCAGUUGUGUUGUGAGCAGUGGCUGGAGAUAAAAUGUUGUCUGAGACCCUCUACACAACUUGAUUAAAUCUACUCUUCAAAGAUUUAUGGGACACGUUGAGCUGAGCUUGCGCGUUGAACCGUUCUCAAGUCUAGCUCAACAUGUGCAAAUCUCCGGAAAGACUUAACUUUGGUUAAUUUCAGUACACACUCAGUCAGUUAGACACUGAGUUAUAUUGCCUACCCAACAACAAUUGUUUGAAGCAAUCACAAAAAGAGCACAAUCAAACAGCAAGAUUCUAGGCUGCAUCAAUAGAAGUCUAGUGUCCAGAUCAACACCUUGGUCAGACCACACCUGGAAUACUGUGUCCAGUUAUGGGCACUGCAAUUUAAGAAGGUUGUUGACAAGCUGGAAGGUGUGCAGAGGAGGGCAACCAAGAUGAUCAAGGGUCUAGAAACCAAGCGCUAUGAUGAACAGUUGAAGGAGCUGGGUAUGUUUAGUCUGGAAAAGAGGAGAGUGAGAGGAGAUAUGACAGCCAUCUUCAAAUAUCUCAAGGGCUGUCACAUGGAAGAGGGGGAAAGGCUUGUUUUCUCCUGCUUUGGAGGGUAGGACAAGAAACAAAAACUUCAAGUUACCAGAAAGGAGAUUCUCACUAAACAUCAGGAAGAACUAUCUGACAGUAAGAGCUGUUUGACAGUGGAACAGAUUCCCUUGGGAGGUCCUUGGAGGUCCUUUUUAAGCAGAGGUUGGAUGGUCAUCUGUCAUGGAUGCUUUAGCUGAGAUUCCUACACCCUUGAGGUCCCUUCCAACUCUACAAUUCUAUGAUUCAAAGCUUCCAAGAAACCAAUGGGAGCAGAAGAAACAACUGGUCCAUUUUCCAGAUGAUGCACGUUUCAAUUUUAGAUGGAAACACUGAAUCCUAGGUGUCACUGAUGUCUAGCUAAUGAGAGGAUGUUCUUUUGGCAGGAGAGUCAUCCAACAGAGGACAGAUGAGGUUCACCAGAGAAGUUAUUGGGAGGGAAAAUAGCUGUGGCACCUUAUCAUCUGACUCGUCUUGCGUAUCUCAGAAGAGUCUGCUAAGUAUGUAUCCAGUUGCAUUUGCUUGACACUAAAUGUGGGACUUCCCAUACUUGCGUAACAAAUCUCUUCCAGACUUUUGCUUCUGUGCUGUCAAGAGAGAUGUUUUAGUUGUAUGCUAUUUGUUACUUGUGUCGAAAAUGGCAAUGAAAUAUUCGGAAAUAAUGUUAACUUCCUUUACAGGUUUUUGUAAGACUUACAGCUGGGAUGAAUGCAUGUGUAAGGGUAUCAGGGGGUUGCUCGAGAGCAAUCAGGCAAAUGCCUCCCUGGUCGGCUGUAAAGCCUUGUUAUUGGUGCCAAAAAAACCUUCACCAUGCAGACCACCACUAUUCUGUGGCUGACUCAUUCACUGGCAGAAUCUGAGAGUGGGCGGUCCUUAAACCUUCCCCAGCAGAGUAGUUUCUUGAUGCCCAGCCUGCGCCUCCCCUCUCGGCGUGGAAGCCUACUGCGCAAGGAGGGCAUGGGUAACGGGGGACCUCCCUCCUCCCCGCUUUGCUCAGGCAAGGUGUCCUGGCACCGCCACGCAGGCCCCCCCCCCAGCCCUGCAGCUCCUCUCCACUGGAGGCGUGGUUACUCACCUCCGCUGAGGAGGUGCUGCUUCCCACGAUCUUUGAGGGCUCUCUGUAAUCCAUCCGGCUUUUCCCCUCUCGCCCCUGAGCCGAUGACAGUUCCCUGACAGCAUGUGAAGAGCUUUGCAUACUAGAAAGUACUAUACCAAUGUUUAAUACUCUCUGCAUUACAGUGGUACCUCAGGUUAAGUACCUAAUUCAUUCCGGAGGUCCGUACUUAACCUGAAACUGUUCUUAACCUAAAGCACCACUUUAGCUAAUGGGGCCUCCUGCUGCUGCUGCUGCGCCGCUGGAGCAUGAUUUCUGUUCUCAUCCUGAAGCAAAGUUCUUAACCCGAGGUAAUAUUUCUGGGUUACUGGAGUCUGUAACCUGAAGCGUACAUAACCUGAGGUACCACUGUAUUAUGGUUACUGCAAACUGGCCAAAAGUUGCAUUUUCAAAUGAGAGAAUGAGCCCAGAUUCUGCCCACUCUUCAUAGGUAAUCAGACAACCAAAGAAAAAGCAAUUCCUUAAAUGCUUUGUGAUUUUCCCCUCUACCCUGCAGGAGCGAUAUGUACCAUUCCCAGCAGCAUAAUAGUUACUGUUAUCUGCCUCCCAGAAUUCCUCUGUAAAGCCUGUAUCUGUUUAAGGUAAGCAUCAGUGCUCCGCUUUUCUUUCCCCCCUUUUAAAAUAAGAUUUUAUUAAAAACCUUUUCAUAAUACAGUAAGUUAUUCAUGCUUAAGAGCAUUUUGGAAGCCUGGUCUGGAACAAGAAAUGGUUCUGGCAUAAAUCGUACAAACUUCACUCAGUCAAUGUUGUUGUUGUUGUUUCAUUAUCUUCCGCAAGUCUCAAGGUUGUGGACAAGAUAAAAUCAGCUUAGAAGCAAUCAAAAAGACAGAAAGGAACAGCAACCAAAUAUUAAAAUAUUAUAAAGUAAACACCCAUGGCAGAGACAGCAGGUAAAGCUGGUCAGAACAAAAACAAAUGGAUUCCUUUUCCCCAAGGAGAGUGCAGAGAAUGGCUGCCUGUUGCUAAUACUGAGUGAGAAUCUUCAUUGUUGUAGCUCUAAAGCAGGGGUCAGCAAACCUUUUCAGCAGGGGGCCAGUCCACUGUCCCUCAGACCUUGUGGGGGGCCGAAAAUUAUAAUGAAUUAAUUCCUAUGCCCCACAAAUAACCCAGAGAUGCAUUUUAAAUAAAAGCACACAUUCUACUCAUGUAAAAACACGCUGAUUCCCAGACCGUCCAUGGGCCAGAUUGAGAAGGCGAUUGGGCUAGAUCCGGCCCCCUGGCCUUAGUUUGCCUACCCAUGCUCUAAAGAAAGGUUGCCAUAAAUCUGGAAUUUCCUGGAGGACCUGUCCAGGAUUUAACUGUUGAAAAUAAGAGUCCAGGGGGAGUUUUGGGAAAUUGGCAAAUGUCCAGGAUUUUGAGGUUGAUUGCCUAAAGAAAGUUCAUCAACUUUUGUCUCCCAAAUUUUACUUCUGGCAAUCCUAUCUAAAGGUUGUAUCCAAUGCUAGCCCUGCUCAGAGGAGACUCGUUGAAAUGCAUGGUCAUAACUAACUAAGGUCCAUUCUUUCAAUAAAGGCAAAGGUAAAGGGACUCCUGACCAUUAGGUCCAGCCAUGGCCGACUGGGGUUGCGGCGCUCAUCUCGCUUUAUUGGCCGAGGGAGCCGGCGUACAGCUUCCGGGUCAUGUGGCCAGCAUGACUAAGCCGCUUCUGGCGAACCAGAGCAGUGCACGGAAACGCCGUUUACCUUCCCGCCGGAGCGGUACCUAUUUAUCUACUUGCACUUUCAUGUGCUUUCGAACUGCUAGGUUGGCAGGAGCAGGGACCGAGCAACGGGAGCUCACCCUGUCGUAGGGGUUCGAACUGCCGACCUUCUGAUUGGCAAGUCCUAGGCUCUGUGGUUUAACCCACAGCACCACCCAUGUCCCAUUCUUUCAAUAGGUCUCAUCUAAAAACUAAGUUGGAUACAAGCCAGAGUCUCUUCGUUCCUCCUUCUGUGGAAGAUCUUGUUGUACAUAACACAACAGGAUGUGACAUCAUUGCACUGUGCACUUUCUUCAUCUUACCUACCUGGCAGUGGGGGGGGGGACACAAGGUGUGAUGAUGUCACAUCAAGCAUUGUCUUAUACUAGACAGUAUUAGGAAGAGAAACAUGAAGUAGCAGCAACUCCUGCAAUGCCUAUCAAAUGAUCAGAGGUGAAUUCUUCCUGGUGAGUCCAGCAGCCAUUCCUUUAAGCAGGGGAGCCAGCAGUGUCACAGGAUCCCCAUUCCAUUUCUGUAGACUUUGCUGGAUCUCAAGAGUUGUGUCAUCAUGACUAUCAGCCUUUUGACAACACAGCCUUAUUUCCUCUCCAGAGACCAAUGCACUAUGGCGAACUUCACGAAGUCUCUGAAGUUCUUGUCUAUAACAGUCCCAACCAUUUGUGGUGAGUAUUCGUAGGGUUCCGUUCUUAAUUUUAGGCAAGACAAACCAAGUUUCACUCACCUGCUAUUAGGGCUGGGCAAUAUAUCAAAUCUAUCUCAUCCAAAACUGGUUGGAAGUCCAUAUCGUGAUAUCGGUUUCAAAGUUUUUGACCUAGCGAUAUAUCACGAAUCGUGGUGUGUGUUUUAUGCAAAAAUCACAACAUGUGGAAAACCGUGAAACCAGCUAAUGCUUCCAUCCUUAUUUCAGACAUUGUGAUAUAUCAGUACAGUGCUUAUUUUCUUUUAAAAAAUGUUUAUUUUUUUAAAAUAAUAUUUAUUAAAGUUUCACAGAAAGAAAACCACAUUAGUAAAGAAAAAAUUAACAAUGAAAAGAAGAAAUACAAAGAAAAAAAAGAAAAAAAAGAAAAAAACAAUUAAAAACAAUUUCAUCUUUCCCUCACUUCUUUUACAUUUACUUGUUUCCCGGACCUCCUCUUACCUCCCUCUUUUGUAUUCUAAUUAAAUAUGUUAAUCCAACAAUUCCUUUCCCUCCUUUUUAAUCCUAAUCUUUAAUCUUGAUAUAAUAUAACUUUAAAUUUUACAUUUUACAUAUUAAAAACCAAUUUUUCCAUAUUCUUUUGGCCUGUACAGCUAGAAACCCCUUAACUUCAAUCCAACAUCAUUCUAACAUUAAUUAAUUUUGCAACAUUUCUGUAAAUAGUCUUUGAAUUUCUUCCAAUCUUCUUCCACCAACUCUUCUCCCUGGUCACGGAUUCUGCUAGUCAUUUCCGCCAAUUCCAUGUAGUCCAUUCUUUAAAAAAAUGUUUAGGGGUACUCUCAUUUUGACUGAAGAAAACCAACAUUUUAUAGUUCAAAUCGGGAAAAAUAAAUACAGUGGUACCUCAUGUUAAGUACUUAAUUCGUUCUGGAGGUCCGUACUUAACCUGAAACUGUUCUUAACCUGAAGCACCACUUUAGCUAAUGGGGCCUCCUGCUGCUGCCGCGCUGCUGCAGCAUGAUUUCUGUUCUCAUCCUGAAGCAAAGUUCUUAACCUGAAUCACUAUAUCUUUGUUAGCGGAGUCUGUAACCUGAGGCGUGUGUAACCUGAAGCAUAUGUAACCCGAGGUACAAAAGUACUUUGUACUCUUUGGACAAAAGUACAAAGAUUCACAAAAUGUUUAGGGGUAUGCGUUCCCCUGCGUUCCCCCCAGGAAAAAAGCACUGUAUCAGUAUACCGCAAAGUUUUGCUGAUGAUAUAUAAGGAAGUUGAAAAUCAGAUAUCAUCCAUUUCGAUAAUUUCGAAAUUUUGAUAAUUCCAAUGCAGAUUGGUUUCCCUUUUGUGAAUAUAUCCAAUGUGAAUAUAACCAACCCCUCCUGCCUCUCGUUCUUUGUUAUGGCAGGAACAUUUAAAUACUGGUUUGCUAUUAUUCUAUUCCGCAACUCUGCGCUACUUUUUUGGUUGCUGUGUGCUUGUAUAUAUUUAAAAAUUCAUAAAUAAUAAUAAAAAAUAAUAAAAAAUUGAAACCCAGCCAGAUGGGCCGGGUAUAACUAAUAUAUUAUUAUUAUUAUUAUUAUUAUUAUUAUUAUUAUUACUAUCAAUAAGUGUUUCUUGUUUAUUUCUCUAGCCGCCAUUUACUGCUCGUGUCUCUGCAUGAGGCUUUCCGACGGCCUGUCAUCAAAGGUGAGCACCUUUCUGGACGGGAACGUAAACUGAAGUUGGUCAAAGCGAGAAGCAGCUAGGGCAAAGGUAUAAAGCUGGCAGGUUAUGCAUAGGAUUGAGACAGGCAACUUCUAGAGUAUCUAGCAAUUGGCACAAGGAAAAGCAUGUUGAGUGGGUAGGAGGCCUAAACAAGAUUUUGUUUAAACUAUCGGCAUGCCUUAAGAUGAAAUGUUAUGACUCCGGGUUCAUAACAUUUUUGACAUCUAGGAUGGAACACCUCUGAGAAUGUGCAGAGUUUCUUCUGCCCACCCCCCAGAAAGGGGAGGAUUUAGGUAGGUGGCACUCAUCCCAUGAAAUAAUAAGAAGAGUUUGCCCUGAAAGUAGAGUUGCCAUAUUUUGAACAGCAAAAAAGAGAACGCUAUGACAACUCUCAUUUUAAAUACUCCUACUGUAUGUAGCCUGUAGAAGCUCUGCUAUAUUUCUGAGGUGGGCAGGAGAAGAGGAAAGCAAUUCUUCAACCACCAGUUAUGUCUAUGCCUCAUCCAGAAAGUACAGCCAGGGACAUUGUGGCAAAUUUUAAAAAAAAAAACCACCCGGACAGAAGUUUUAACUCUGAAAAAGAGGACAUGUCCUGGGAAAAGAGGACACAUGGCAACCCCACAAAGGCCCAAAGAUAUUAUUAACGUUGAGGUGUGUCUGUUUGUUUUUUCCCCUUCUUUUUAUAGGAGCUUACGCAACUGUAUGAAACUGAGCUGAAAUCGUUGUGGUAAGAGGGCUUUUCAGAUAAGAAUCCUGCUUAAAUGCACAUGUCGCUAGGUUGGUCAUUACUCCUUGUGGGAGCCUUGUGGGUGAAUCUCUAGGCUGCUCAGAGGGAACACAGGAUAAAAUUCUCUCCGUAGGUAUUUCUGAUUAAAAGCAAAAAUGGUUGAAAUUCUAUACCCAGGUGCACCUUGGUGGGCUUAACUUCAGAGCAGCCAUAAAAAGGAUUGCUUACCCUCCAAGCGUCCUGAUUUUCCAGGGUCCAGAAUUACGAAUCCUGUUUCCAUGGAAAAUAAACGCCCUGCACCCAGUGAAGGAAACAGUCAAUCCGUUUCGAAUUCUUUCACUGCAGUGCUUCAGCACCCAGCCACUUCUUAGGACAGGCAUAGGCAAACUCGGCCCUCCAGAUGUUUUUGGGACAAUUCCCAUCAUCCCUGACCACUGGUUAGCUAGGGGUGAUGGGAGUUGUAGUCCCAAAACAUCUGGAGGGCUGAGUUUGCGUAUGCCUGUCUUAGGAAAUGUGGGGAGUGUUGACUCCUUUAAAUGGAGCCUCACACUUGUCUACUCAGAAGAAAGUCCCACUGUAUUCCCUGGAGCUUACUCUCAGGUACCUGGGUCAAGACUGGGCAGCCUUACACUGAAAUCCGAAGCGUUUUUACUCAGAACUAAUUCCUACUGAGUUCAAUAGGAUUUACUCUCUGGCAAGUUCCUGAUCAUGUUCACAGUUUCUUCUUCUUCUAUUAUUAUUAUUAUUAUUAUUAUUAUUAUUAUUAUUAUUAUUCCCCACCUUUUUCACUGACGGGGACUCAAGGCAGCUUACCACUAAAAUUUUAUUUCAUUCCCUUUAUCUGUUGAAGGUGUUGCUCACAAUCCCUCCCCUCACACUUUUUUUUUCCUUUACGACAACCCUGCGAGGUAAGUGAGGGGGAGAGGUUGCAUUGGCUCAAGGUGACCAAUAUCAAUGUGUAUAUGGCGUAUAUCUGUGCAGGAGAUCAAACACAAGAGAAGAUUCCUGGUGUCCUAUUUUCAUCUGAGAAAGUUGGAAGGGUUGGAAUAGGAUGUCCCAAUCUGAACCUGAGAAAUGCUGGAGGGGAGGGAAUUGCAUUGCAAGACACACUUAGCAGGAAACUUGGCACCACAUGACUUACCCGUUAUUUGAAAUUAGCCUUUGACUGAUCAUCCAGAAAAAGCCCUAAACUGCAGGUACCUGUUGAUGGUUUCAAUUACUACUGCAUCGCAGCCGGUUGGAGAACCGGGUUCCUCCUGCUGGACAAGCAAAUGAUUCCUGAUGUUUACAUUGCUCCCAUUUUUCCAUCUCAAGGAAGUCCCAGAAUUUGCUCGAAGAACAAAUCCAUGAAAUCCAGGGCCUUAAAAAGGAGACAGAUCGCCUGCGUGCCGAAAUCAACAGCAUCAAUGAAGGCAUCCUGAAAUCUGUGAAGGAAAUCCUGGAGGAGAGCGAUAUCCCAGGAGAGAACAAAGAUGUAGGAUGCUGGAAAAGGCACCUCUCUGCUUUGCACUUCAUCCUCUCAUUACAGGCUUGUCUUGCUGUUGUCAUAACCUGGCAGCUUUAAAAAAAGGGGGGGGAGAGUUAGCCUUGUUCCCUAUCAGAAGUAUAUACUGUAUUUUUUGCUCUAUAAGACUCACUUUUUCCCUCCUAAAAAGUAAGGGGAAAUGUGUGUGCGUCUUAUGGAGCGAAUGCAGGCUGCGCAGCUAUCCCAGAAGCCAGAACAGCAAGAGGGAUUGCUGCUUUCACUGCUCAGCGAUCCCUCUUGCUGUUCUGGCUUCUGAGAUUCAGAAUAUUUUUUUUCUUGUUUUCCUCCUCCGAAAACUAGGUGCGUCUUGUGGUCUGGUGUGUCUUAUACGGUAUAUAAAAAAGCAAGCCCACUUAUAAACACAGCCUCCUUUGAGGGCAAUGGUUUCCAUACCUGAUAAGUUCAGAGGAAUCCCUGUCUGCUGCAGAGGAUUCUGGGACAUGUUCAAGGGUUGACUCUAAUUUCACACAGGUCAGCCUGUUGGGCAUCGCUGUCAUUCCAUGCAAACAGAGUGUGCCCCAGAACAGUGGGAGGGUUGCAUACUCUUUUAAUGCUUUUAAAAGAAAGCGCAACACUGGAAAUAUAACUUUCACACACAUACUGCGGUGCUUGGCUAUGUAUACAUUGUCGCUGUUUGUAUGAAAGUUAAUUUGUUAAUGGAUUAAGAAAUACCGGAAGAUGUCUGGAUUUUGCCUUCAAGGUCUUAAGGUAUGGAAGAUACUUAACCACCCCUGCCCACCCCAGCCAGUUAAAAUGCACGCCCCCUCCUGCCAGUUCUCACCUGCCAGCGUCAUCCCUAUGUUCACAUUCCCUGCCAUUCCAGCAAAUCUUAACUUUGGAGUUAGGGCCAUGUGUUUGCCAAGAUAAUAUUUUAGGAUUGCCAUCCAUCUGGACAUAGCCGGAAUGCUGCAGUCGGAAGCAAUGUCUGGGCGAAAAUUGCUUAAAUGUCCGGGAGAAUCCAGGCAAGCUUGCCCAAAACAAAGCUAAAGAACUUUUGUGUCUGGAUUUUUCACUUUUUGAAAUAUGGUAACCCUAUCAUAUCUUGCUUUGCCAUAUGAGCGCAUGAUGCGCAUUUGUCCAUAUUCAUGCAACUGCUGCACGUAGAGCCUUAAGCUGCAUUGUUCAAACUCCUUGGAUAAUUCAUGUGUUGCAAUGCAUGCCUUUGAUAUCUGCAGUGACUCUGCCCUGAGGUCUCCCUGAUCGGUCUUUCCCUCUUUCACAGCAAGUGCUCACAACGAUCAACUUGGCUUUUAAGAAGAUUUAUGAAGAUCAUGUGCAAAUGGCUGAUUGGGCUCAGAAAACAAUAGGUAACAAUAGACUAUGCUCUUUUCUUAUUACCUGAAUAAACAAAGCUACUUCCUGCUGCCUUUUAGGGUUGAGCAAUUGAAACCCAUUAAGACUGUUGCCCAAAGUACUUAGGUAAAGGUAAAGGGACCCCUGACCGUUAGGUCCAGUCGUGGACAACUCUGGGGUGCGGGGCUCAUCUCACUUUAUUGGCCAAGGGAGCCGGCGUACAGCUUCCGGGUCAUGUGGCCAACAUGACCAAGCCGCUUCUGACAAACCAGAGCAGCGCACAGAAACGCCCUUUAUCUUCCCGCCACAGCGGUACCUAUUUAUCUACUUGCACUUUGACGUGCUUUCAAACUGCUAGGUUGGCAGGAGCAGGGACUGAGCAAUGGGAGCUCACCCCGUCGCAGGGAUUUGAACCGCCGACUUUCCGAUCGGCAAGCCCUAGGCUUUGUGGUUUAGACCACAGUGCCAUCCGCAUUGUGAUAUACCGAUAUAUCACAUCUUGAGAGUUAGUUUUAUUGUGUAUUAUAUUCUAUAAUUUUGGAGUCUUGAGAGUUAGUUUUAUUGUGUAUUAUAUUCUAAUAGAUCAUUGAAUAUUACUUUAUUUGAUAUAAGUCACUCCAUUUAGAAGCUCUGUUUUAUUUUGACUUUCUAUAUUGGAUCAGAUUGUUAUAAGGUGCUUGUGCUUUGUUACGCAUUUGCUGCUGUAAGCCGCCUUGUGUAUAGCAAUAUAGAAAAGUGGUAUACAAAUUGAAAGUGAAAUGAAAUGAAAAAUUCCAUAUAAAUGCCCCUGUCGCCCCUACAUUUGGGUAAUCUCUAUGAACACAAAAUUGGGAACAUGCAUUCUGAGGUAAUUUUGUAGAGGUCUAGUUGCCUCACCUCAGGAGGGAUACUGUUGAGCUGGGACAGUUUCUCCAAAAUGAUCAAGCGCUUGCAGAAACUCCCGCUCUGAGGAAAAGUUUGGGUUUUUUUGUAAAAAAAAAAAAAAUUAAAUUUUCCAUUAAAAACAUUCCAAUUAAUCACAAAUCAAAUCAUCAAACAGGAAGAAAGAAGGCCAAAUUACAUUCCAAAUUAUUAAAUUCCAAACGCUCUGAGGAAAAGUUUAGAACAUUUCAGGCUUUCAAGUUUAUAUAUAAAAGUACACAUGGUUUGUGGAGGAGGUGGACAGACACAUUUUUCUUCCUCUCUCAUAAUACCAGAGAACUCGGGCUCACCCACCCAACGAAGCUGAAUGUCGGAAGAUUCAGAAAGAAAAUACUUUUUUCACAUAGCCCAUGUUUAACUAUGGAACUCACUCCCACAAGAUAAUGAUGGUCUCCAACUUGGGCAGCUUCAAAAGAGAUUUAGGCAAAUUUAUGGGGGAUAAGAUUAUCCAUGGCUACAGGCACUAUGGGCAUGUUCUGCCUCCACGCUUGUGAGGUGGUAUUCCUCUCAGUAGGAGUUGGUGGGAAUGACAAGUGGGGAGUGUUGGGUUGAAAUCACGACAGACGAGUGGUGGGUGUCAAAGGAGAGGCGUCUGCCGGGGCAAGCCCCGGGAACUCUCUUUUAUUGAAUAUUACAAACAUUGCCACAGGUGUGCUUGUGGCUGAUUGGUUGAUACAAACACAAAGCAUCUUGUUGCUGAUUGGUUAACAUAGGUACAAGGCGGGAAUAACAUAUGUCCAUUUAUCAUUGAUAGGUCAAAGGAUGAGGAAUGGGGCUAGAACUAGACAGGCAUGAAUCCUCCUAAUUAAAUUAUAACUAAAGAUUAAUAUAACAUGACUAAAACAAUUACUAAUGAUUGAUCAUAACAUGAAAGAAUAUAAUAAUGAAGUUCCGUAGAUGUGGUCAGCUAUGCAUUAAGAACAGACCAUAUUGUUUUGUACAUGAACUUGAAAUGAACUGAAGCAUGAGAGAAUGUCUAGGUGUGCUGGGCUUGGUGUGUUUGGAACAGUAUGUGCAGAAGCAGAAGCGAGACUUCCCAGAAUGCAAGAGGAAAGAAGCAAGAGUUCUCAUAGUAAGCAUAGCAAGAUUUCAUAGCAAGACUUCCCACAAUGCCACAGUUAUGUGCAGUAAGAGAACUGCAGAAAGAAAACUUCCCUUCAGGGAGAGUUGUCCUUGCACUCUGGUCCUGCUUGGGAUCUUCCUAGGGCCCCUGGCUGGCCACUGUGAGAAUUGACUAGAGAAUAGGCUUGCCAUACGUAAGGAGAACUCUGACAUGUCCUGCUUUUCAGGUGCAAAAAUGGCAUCAGGAUGGAAUUUUGACAAAUUGGCAAAACGUCAUGGAAAAUCCAGGUGUAUGGCAACACAAUGGAAAAAGCAGUGGAAACAUCUCCAAAAGCUUAAAUUUACAGUCAUACCUCGGGUUAAAUAUGAAUAUUUUCGGGUUGCGCUCCACGGCGACCCGGAAGUAACCAGGUUUCGCCACUCGCACAUGUGCAGACGCUCAAAAUGACGUCACGCGCAUGCGCAGAAAUGGCGAAUCGCGACCUGCGCGCCCACAGAAGCAUUGACACGGGUUGCGUUCACUUCAGGAUGCGAACGGGGCUCUGGAACGGAUCCCAUUCGCCUCCAGAGGUACCACUGUACUAUUCUGGGGGGAGGUUUCCCCCGAAAAGCUCAACAAAUUGGGUUUGCAGGUGUCAGGAAUUUUUCUUUUUGAUCCACCCAGACUCUCCUUAUGUGGCAAUGAGAAACUGUGCUAUGGUCAGUGAAACACAGAUCGGAUGGAAAUUUAGGUCUUGUUGGUCAGUAGAGCUUGCUCUCCCUCUGUUAAUUCUAAUCUUCUUUUUUUAUCUCUAUAGGAGCCACAAUUGAUAAAGACAGGACAUCUAAGAGUUAUGUACCUGAGAGUAUGCAGAACUGCUGGUUUCAAUGGCUUUUUGUGUCUUCAACAAAUCCUCCUGAUACUGUUCUGCAGGUACAGUAGACUGCCUGUGUUAUAUCACUGGUAGUACAGGUUUGGCGCAGUAUUAGGAUUCUUCAGUCAUCCAUUCUCCAAACUCUCGUCUUCCUGCCUAUCCUCCAGGUGUCCGUUUUCCAGGGACAGCCCUGGAAUUACAGAAGCUGUCCUGGUUUCUGAUUUGAUCCCGGCAUGUCCCGUUUUUCCUUUUUCCUCCACUCCAAGUCUCGGAGACUUAUUUGAAACUAAUCCCAGAUAAAUACAGACAACUGUUUUUUGUUUUUGUUUUUUGUUUUUUAUUAACAGUUUCAACAUAACAAAAUAUCAGAACAUAUCUUCAUUAUUUCCCCCCUUCCCCCCACCUCCCCAACAAACCCUCCCCCCCAAGACUUCCUUCAGCUCCUCUCUCUGAUUUCUCAACACAUAUUGUUCUCUGCAUACUGUAAAAUUGUAUAAAUCCUUAUAUUAUCUAUCUACUAUAUUAACCUUCAAUAGAUUUGUGUAUGUUUAUGCAAAACUUGCCAAGAAGUCCAGUUCAUUUUGUUGUCUUUUUGUAAAAAGUUCCCAUUCUUCUUUGAAGUCACAGUUGUCCUUAUCUUGCAGUUUGUAUGUCAGUUUAGCCAGUUCUGCAUAGUCCAUCAAUUUUCUUGCCACUGUUCUUUUGUCGGGGUUUCCUCAUUCUUCCAUCCUUGUGCUAUCUAGACUCUAACACAGACAACUGUUUAUCAAGUCGUCAUCGUUACUGUGUAGCUGCCCCGUUCUUAAACCAGCCAUUCAUCUCCGUGCCAAAAAUUCCCUGUAUGAGGAAGUUUUUAAUAUUUGACAUUAUGUUUUUAUAGGUGUUGAUAACCACACAGAGUGGCCUGGGGUAUAAAUAAUAAAAUUGUUGUCGUUGUUGUUAUAAUAUCUGCCUCACUUGCAUAGCAGGCCCGAACAGAAAUUGUGGGAGGUCGGUAACCAAUGAUCAUCUGUACUCGGCCACAGAAGUCAGUUUAUAUCUAUUGGACCCAAACUGCAACUAUGCCUGGGAUGGUGGGAGUAUCAUGUUUUAGUCAUUUGAGUUGCUUCCUGUCUCUAGCCAGAUGUUUAUCCUGGAAACUGCUGGGCGUUCCGGGGUUCUGAGGGCCAAGUAGUAAUUAAACUGCCGGAGAAAAUCCAACCAACAGCUGUUACAGUUCAGCACAUCUCUAAAGCCAUUUCUCCCUCAGGAGGAGUCAACAGUGCCUUGAAGGACUUCUGGGUUUUUGUGAGUAUUAAUGUUCAACUCGGCAUUGCGCUCCUCUCAGAUAAAGCUGUAAUUUCAGGCACUGGGAGGGCUACUCAGGAAGCCCUGGUGCAUGGGCUGCUUCUCACGGACAGGGCAUGGGUUAAAGAAAACUAACACACAUCACCGCGUCAAGCUCAACCAGAACUGAGGAGCACUCUAGGAGGCUGCCUCAUGUUGAGUGAGAUCACCAGUCCACGUAGCUCAGUAAUGUCUACACACUCCAGUAAUGUCUACACACCACUGGUGGCAGCUCUCCUGCGUUUGAAGGCCAGUUGGUGUAGAGUGAGGAGGCCAGGGGGCCAUGGUCCUGGGUGCAAAUUUCUGACCAGGCACAACCAGGCACCCCCACAACAGGUUCCCUCAUUGAGGCCUGAGCCACAGGGAGGCAAGCUGCACCCAGGCAAGGCUUGCUGCGAGGACAGGAGGGCGAGGUGACACAGCAGCACUCCUGGCUUUGCGUUUCUCUGCCUUAUCUCUGCUCCCAGGUUGGGGCUAGUUGGCAAGGAGAAACUCCCUUGAUUAGAUGCUGGCCGGAGAAGGGGCUGACUACUGUCCAGUCCACCAUAGGGUAUAACAGUUGCCCUGCCCCGGGCAGCAGCAACCCACGCUACGCACACUUGAGGCAAGAGCCAGACUCUGGUCUUGUCUGUAUGGUUGCCUACGUUCUGUCCAUGUGUUUUUGCAUGUCUGUCCUCUUAGCCUGCCAGGUCACUGGCCUCUUUAUCUUCUUGCCCUCCAGUUUGCCUGAAUCCUUCCUCCAGCUCCUUUUUGAUAGGGCGCCUUCAGCUAGAUCAGGUGUGGCGAUUUUUGUAGAGCAAGCGCCACAUUCUGUCACAGGCCACCCGAGGGCCACAUGCCAGAGCAAAAAUAGGCAGAGCAGCAGGUGUGACUCUUAAGCUUUGUCCAGUAAAAGGUGGACGUUUCUACAUAUUCAUAUUCUUCCUUGAUAUACCACUUCAUAUUUCAACAGACAUCUCUAAGCGGUUUAUGUGCCACGCGUUCCAUCCUCCCAUCCAGACAUGGGAAAGGCACUGUCACAGUUCAAUGAUACAAGUCAUCCAGGCAAAAGCACCCGAGGAGGCUGCAGUAUGGGGACAUUGAGGGGUGGGGCCUGGGAUAGGGGGUGGGACCUGGGAAGAAUCCCGGGGACCAGACAAAGAAGGCUAGAGAGACACAUGUAGCCAUCAUCCCUGGGCUUGACCCAUGGACGUAAUUAACUCUGCUUCUGCAGCAGCCUCCUAGGGUGCCACCUUAAAAAAGAAUUGUUUCCCAGACCCUCCUUUAGGCAGUGUUCCAUCUUUGGUUUAAACUUUCUGUCACUAAUUUCAGCUCCCCGCUACUUCUGGCUUUCCAUUUUAGGGGCUAGAGGAUGAAACACGAGAAGAAACUCUUCUGGGGAAAUUCAUGUAUGAUAUUGAGAAAGCAGCCAUUCAGACAUUCCAACUGAAGGUACCCUAACUAAUAAUAAUAAUAAUAAUAAUAAUAAUAAUAAUAAUAAUAUAUUUGUACCCUGCCCAUCUGACUGGGCUGCCCCAGCCACUCUAGGUGGCUUCCAGCAUAUAUAAAAACAUAGCAAAACAUUAAACCUUAAAAAGCUUCCCGAUACAGUCAUACCUUGGAAGUUGAAUGGAAUCCAUUCCAGAAGUCCGUGCGACUUCCAAAACAUUCGGAAACGAAAGCACGGCUUCUGACUGGCUGUAGGAGCAAUCGGAAGCCGCGGAAGCCCCAUCGGAUGUUCGGCUUCCAAAAAUAGCUCGCAAACUGGAACAGUCACUUCUGGGUUUGUGGUGUUCGAGAGCCGAAAUGUUCGAGAACUAAGCUGUUCGAAAACCAAGGUACGACUGUACAGGGCUGCCUUCAGAUGUUUCCUAAAAGUUAUAUAAGUACUCAUCUCCUUAACAUCUGAAGGGAGGGUGUUCCACAGGGCGGUCGCCACUACCGAGAAGGCCCUCUGCCUGGUUCCCUAUAGCUCCCUGUAGAAGACCCUUGGAGCUGGACCUCAGUGUCCGGGCUGAGCGAUGGGGGUGGAGAUGCUCCUUCAGGUAUACUGGACCGAGGCCGUUUAGGGCUUUAAAGGUGAGCACCAACACUUUGAAUUAUACUUGGAAACAUACAGGGAGCCAAUGUAGAUCUUUCAGGACUAAGCAUGAGAGCAAUGGGGUAUCAAAAUGGAAGAAGCCCACUUGCAAUGGGCUGCCCCAAAAGCAGUGUUUGGGAGACAGCUCCUUGCAUACAGGACAGUUGCUCCACUGCUGUAAUGUACUGAGUUGAAUAGGAUCCAAAAUGCAGCAGUCUGAUUGGUCCUAGAACAAUAGGAUCCAGAAUGCAGCAGUCUGAUUGGUCCACAGGAGCAGGGACCAAAACAAAAGGCAACUCCUGUUAGCAUCAAUGGGAAGACCAGGGUUGCUUCUCAUAUACAGAUUAUAAUAUGUGUGGGUACAUUACUCCAGUCUAAUUUGAAUGGAGGAGGAAGUGGAUUAGUAGCUAAAUAAUGCUCAGAUGUGGACAAGCCUUUGCCUCCCAGUCAUCUUACAUAAAUGGGAUAUGUGGAUGGUCGGUACGGCAAAGUACAGUAGAAGGAGACUUGGUCUGUGUGGGCAACCUUGCGUAGAGGACCUGUACCACUAUUUAUUGCAAUGCCCGCUAUAUAUAGAACCAAGAGACCAAUUUAUAAAACCCCUGCUUAUGAAUGGAACACACUCGAAUAGGGCGGAAAGAGUGAAAUGGCUGCUGAGUGAUACUGAUGACUUCGUAACUUAUAAAGUAGCACUAUAUGCGUUGGCAGCUAAGAAGAUCAGGAGAAAAGAACUAGAUAAAAUAGUGGUCAAUUGCAAAGGUGAUUCAGACAUUUAUUUAUUUUUUGUCCUGCUGCUCAUUGUGUGCAUAAGGGAUCUGCAAAUCUCAACUUUUUUCCAAUUUUUUUUAUUGAUUUUCCAAAAAAUUUUAGACAAACAAGCAAACAUAUAUCUUAACUAUACUUAAUCCAAUCUCAGUAACAUUGUUAAGUGACUUCCUCAAAUCCCCCUGGCUGAGUUUCAGUGUAUAUCAUUGUAACAGUUUUCCAAAACCUAUUUUCUCAUAAAAUUAACUAAUUCACUUAUCAUCUUUCUUUCUUUCCAUUUUAACUUUAAACAUAUUAUUCUCUAACAUUACAUAUUUAAAUCCUAUCUGAUAUUUGCAAGUUUUUCCAAUUAAGUUAUCUUAACAUAUUUGACUAAAUAGUCUUUAAAUUUCUUCCAUUCCUCCUGGUACUCCUCCUCCUUCUGGUCAAUGACUCUUCCAGUUAGGUCAGCUAGCUCCGAAAAGUCCAUCAUCUUCAUCUAGGUGAUUUGGACAUUUCAGCUGGCACAUUCUAUCUGAGAACCCCCUGCGAUUCUCUUUUUGUUUCCUUUGUGAAUGAUGCCAUGGCCUUUGGCUAGUGCAAUAAAGUUGUUGAUGAUGAUGAUGAAUGGGGUGUGUGCCCUGAACUCUCCCCCUGUGAAGUUGGGCUCUCCUUGGGAGAUUAAAAAAUAAAUAAAUCUGCUAGAACAAUUUGAGAUGAUGACAAAAGUACUGGUGAAGCACAGCAGUGUUUAACACAUUUGAUUCCGUUUGUUCUUUCUCUUCUCAUCCUCUGCAUUUCAGAACGAGCAUUUAAAACAGUUUCUGCAUAUAAAAUUCAAGGUGCUGAGCAAUUGGGGCAACUCAGAGUUCACCUGUAUUUAUCGACUCCGGGUGCAUGGGAAGAUGGUCGGUUCCUCGCCCAUCGGAUGAAGGCAGGGGGUGAAAAAUCUUGCAAGAUGAAUAAAAGGAAAGAAAACAGGAGUACCAACGCCCAUCGUACUGAGCAAACUGUAAAGAGCACUCGCAGCUCACUCUGACUUUUUCCUAGGGGAGGGUGGAGAGGGAAGUAUGGAAGGGGAGGAAGGGAAGAAUCCUAAUUAUGCCAAGAUAUUUAAAGUCUGACAGGUGUUCAUGACGGAAAGACCCAAUCUGUGGUCUGCCCAAGAAACCAAGACAAGAAUGACAGGGGAAAUUUCAGAUGAUCAAUGCAAAGUCGUGGCACUGGCAAAUUGAUCUUAAGUCACAUGAAUAUUUUUGAUCCUGUCCAGUUUUCUGUGGAAAGAGGGCGGGGGGGAUAGUUACGAAAGUAGGCAAUCUCCCAAUAAAGAUUUCUGUCUAGACUG